CUUAAUGCUACAGAGAGGAAAAAUCUUCAGAAAGACUCCAGUGAUUCGGAAGUAGAAAAUGAAGCAAAAGGUAAAUUCUUGUCUAAAAAGCCAGCCUGGGUGGAUGAAGAUGAUGAAGCUGAGGAAAAUGUUGAUAUGACCCAUAGGUACAGGAAAGAUUUCAUGAAGAGUGAUGCUGAGAAGGUGCUUACUAAGAAAAAGCUAAAAAGAAGACUUGAAGAACAGUUUCAGCGAGCUAUGGGAGGAGUUCCUGCCUGGGCUAAUUUAGAAAACAGGAAGAAAUCCAAAAGGACUGCAAGUGAUGGUGACAGUGAUGAAGAUGAUGAUCUGCUAUGCAGGACUGGCAAUUUCAUAUCAAACUCAGAGUUCCUGCCAAGAGGUAUUUUGAAGAUGAGGACCUGCUUGCCUGCUAAUCAGGAACGUUUUGCUAAUGGAAAACUGGUGACUGUGCAGUUUCAUCCGUCUGCUCAAGUAGUCAUGACUGCUGGACAUGAUCGAUCUGUGUCACUCUUUCAGGUUGAUGGUAUAACGAAUCCAAGAAUACAGAGCAUCUAUUUAGAGAGUUUUCCAAUUUAUAAGGCUUGUUUCAGUGUUGAUGGAGAACAAGUUAUAGCCACUGGUACUCACCAUAAAAUGUUCUUUGUGUAUGACAUGAUGAGCGGAAGUAUUAUUCCUAUACAGAAAGUAAGAGGUGUGGAGGAAAGAUUUCUCAGAAACUUCGAAGUCUCUCCAGAUGGAUCAUUUAUGCUUCUCACUGGAACUUCAGGUUACCUUCACUUGUUGUCAAUGAAGACAAAGGAACUGAUUGGCACUAUGAAGGUAAAUGGAAGAUGCACUGCAUCUGCUUUCACUCCAGACAGCAGUAAAAUAUAUAGCUAUUCAAAGGAAGGUGAAGUUUUCAUUUGGGAUGUGAGAAGCAGAAAGUGUCUACACAAAUUUGAAGAUGAAGGUUCUUUGGAAGGAAAGUGCAUCGCUGUUUCAAAAAAUAACCAGUAUGUGGCAUGUGGUUCAGCUUCUGGAGUUGUAAAUUUAUAUACUACUGAUGUCUGUCUCAAAGAAAACCGUCCUAAACCAGUUAAAGCUAUAAUGAACCUAGUUACAUCUGCUACAUGUGUGACCUUCAAUCCCACCACGGAAAUUUUGGCAGUGGCUUCCUGUGAAACUGAUGAGGCUGUCAAAUUGGUGCACAUUCCUUCAUAUACUGUAUUCUCAAACUUCCCGGUGUUCAGAAGAAAACAGAUUUAUCUUGCUCAAUCUAUGGACUUUUCUCCCAGAAGUGGUUUUUUCUCUGUAGCGAAUAACAAAGGCAAAGCUUUGUUGUUUAGGCUGAAACAUUAUUCAGAUUUUUAAAGAAGAUACAGGAGAAAAUGAACCAGUAACUGAGGUGUUGUAACCUGCAGAUACAAGUACGCUGACAAAGUCAAACAAGUUUUUUUAUUUUAUAUAGAAGUUCAAAAAUACUAAUAUAACAUCUGUGGUUUUGAAUGUUGUUCCUUAAUAAAUGUACCUGAUAAGUUUC